CAUCACGACAGUGAAGGGAUAGUAAAAGCCAGCUAGCAAUGAAGGAGGAAACUCACCUACCGUCACCACAAUUUCUCUCUCUCUCCUCUCUCCCUUUUUAACCCCUUUCUCUCCUCUCCCUCCUUCCAAACACCACCUCUCUCUCUAUCUCUCUCUUUAUAUCUAUAUAUGUCUCUCUGAGUUGAAUACUACUAUGUCAUAUUGGUAGUAUAGUGGAGGCAUAGGAUACAAGAGACACUGAAGGAAUUGGAAUUUAGGGUUUUGUUUUGUUUUGUUUUGUUGUCUCAAAGUUAUCGCCAAGUUUUGAACUUCUGCUUCGGUUGCUACCAAUUUUGGGCGGGAAUUAUUAGGGUUUAAGCUCAGGUGGUAGACUGCUGAAAAGUGAAGACUCGAGUUCUAAGGAUUUUACUACUUCAAGGAAAAUUUAAAAGAAGAGGAUGAUGGGGCCUGCUGAUUGCAUGGAUUCUGAUUUCAUGGGAGAUAUAGACUGCGCCUUCUUUGAAAACAUACUAGUUGAUCUUCCUGCAGAGAACGAAUUGGGUUUGGGUCCUGUUGACUACACCAAUUUUCCGAGCAUUUGGCCGAACAUAGUGGAACCCCUUCCCGUUCCUGACCCAAUUUUAUCCUGCAACAACAACAGCAGCAAUAUCACUUGUGACCUCUCUACCGAACUCUCCGUUCCGUAUGAAGACAUUACACGUUUGGAUUGGGUUGCGAAUUUUGUUGAGGAAUCCUUCUCUAGUGGAGGCAUGACUCUUGACAAAGAGAACUCUUGUGUGACCAAGGAAUCUUCUCACAACCACUUCCAGACCUCCAGCCCUGUUUCUGUCCUCGAGAGCAGCAGCAGCAGCAGCUCCAACUCCUGCUCAAGGGGAAAGACUCUGCCACCCAGCGCAACUCAACGAGCCCGCAGCAAACGCCCUCGCCCUGCAACUUUUAGCCCCCGGCCAGCAAUUCAUCUUAAUUCCCCCACCACCUCUGUUACUGAGGCCCCCGAGCAGUCCCUUGCUCCGGUUGUUUCGUCAGAAUAUGAGAAUUUUGCAGAGUCACAUCCUUUGAAGAAGAUACCUAAGCCACCAACUGCCGAACACAAGAAAAAAAGGAAAAUUAAGUUUACAUUUCCAUUGGGUCCCAUAGAGAUGAACCAAAUUCAGCCAUCCCAAGCUGUUAGAAAAUGCAUGCAUUGUGAGAUAACUAAGACGCCGCAAUGGAGGGCAGGGCCAAUGGGGCCUAAAACUCUGUGCAACGCGUGCGGUGUCCGCUACAAGUCUGGGAGACUCUUCCCCGAAUACAGGCCUGCAGCGAGUCCAACAUUCGUUCCAGCCCUGCACUCCAAUUCCCACAAGAAGGUUCUAGAGAUGAGAGGCAAGGUCGGCGAGGAAACAUCCAUGGCCGGGACUGUGACUACUCCUCCCACAACCCCGCAGCCAGAACUCAUUCCGAAUACGAGCAACAUGUUGAUGGAUUACAUGUGAGGGAGAUGUAAACUUUGGGAUCUUCUCUAUACAGCGUCACUUCCUCCUUCAGUCUUGUGUAAUACCGCUUACUGUUUUUCCAUUUCUUGGUUCUUUUGUUCUUUUGUUUGUACAGAUGGUGGGGGGAUAGGAGCAAUAGAUGAGCAUAUUUUAGGUGGUAGAGAAAAUCAAUGAAAUGAGAGUACUGAAAGAAAGGGUUAGAGAUAAAUGGAUGGUUUAGGGUUAGUGGUCAGGUCUUAGUUAUGCUUUUAGAUGCUUGAGUUUUAUAGGGUUCUAGAGUCUUAGUGUUUUUUUGGUUCUUUUCCCCCCUUCCUCUAUGGGAAUUCUUUUUUGCAGUUUAUUUUGUUAGGAAAUUCUGAAAUGAUAAAUGGGAUUUGAAUUUCAUAUAAUGCUUUCUUCUA